UGGUUGAGCUUCUCAUAUGAAAUAUACAUUAUAUCUACUGAGUGAAAACCCCCCAGGACAUUACUGCAAUGAUGGGUCAGAAUUUCAGACUAUGGCUGUUUGCUGCAACAUUUUCAACUUCUUUUGCAGAUAUCACUUCCUAUGUUCCACAAGUCACAGGUCAUUCUGUUCGAGGAAAUAUUACAGCCACUACGUUUGUUUUAGAUUUGCCUCAAUGUAUCUUCAAUGGCUAUAAUGCCAGUGAUGUUUGGUUGGUUAUAGCAGAAAACUCUGUUGCAGGAGCGUUAACCGAUGAACAAUUGUCUAUUCCAGUCCAAUAUUCUUCAUCUAAAGCUCAGGGGUACUAUCAUUUUCAGCCUCUUUCUGCAAGCAACUACCCGUGUUCUGAUUCUUUCAGUUUUACCCGGGUUGGUGAUGAUGCAAGAUGUACUAAUUCAGAUUACUGCAAUGGUCCUUUAAAUACAUCUUUAUCAUACAGUGUAAAAUUUGUUGCAUGGAAAGCUGAUACUGCGGUUGUAGGAACAAAGUGGUCUCCAAAGAUUAAACUGAUGGCAGGGAAGGAUCCAUCUACGAUUGACACCUGGCCUGGUAGGCGGAGUGGAGGCAUGAUCGUCAUUACCUCCAUACUCUCUAUACUUUUGGCAGCAUUCCUUGCUUGCCUUAUUGCCUCUGUCAUUAUCAGAAGCGGAAAUCUGUCAACAAAAUUCAUAGUUGAGUCUGGUAACAGAUCUUGUGGUGGCACACCAACUGAAGAGAUGCUAUCACCACUGCCAUGCCUAUUGGCCACUGUGUUCCUUGUCGGCCAUGCUUCUGCUCAAGCUAUUGCUAAUUUUAAUCCUAGUGCUAUCACUGCAGGAAAUAUACCAUCUUUUUUCAACUUCAGCAGUAAUUUAUUUUACCUAACUCUUGGAACACCUGUUAAUACACUGAUAUGUGUUACUCCUACAUCGGGGAUAAAUCUCCUGCGUAUUGGAAAUGACAUUAACUGUAUUUUCAAUUUGGGCAUACUAGACUGCAAUGGUCCACUUAAUCCUGAAUUUGCAUACAGAUUCAAAUUUGUAGUGACUAAUGAAAAUGGAACUAUUGUUGCUCAAAGUGAAUGGUCAGCUGAGAUUUUUCUUAAUAGAGCAAGACCAUUUUCUUCCAUAGAUACCCAAGUUAAACACGGUGCUGGGAUGAUCGUUAUCACCAGUAUUCUGCCAGUUUUCCUUGCCUUUAUAUUUGCCUUUUUGUCUGCCAUUUUGAUCAGCAACUGCUGCUGUAUCAAAGUUUCAUCGACACAGGUUGAUGUAUCUCAACAUACAUAAAACCACCAACAAUUAAAUCAAUCUGGAAUCUUACAGCAAUUGUGUCCCCUUUUUCUGUAUUAUUUGGAUUAUAUUUCAACAAAUAUGUACAGUGACAAUCAUAGCUCACAAUUUAGAUAAUAAAGUAGAAACCCAAUGUACAUUUGCCAAAUUGUUAUUGAAUAAAACAUUUAUACAUCAUGUAUGUUGAGUCA